AUGACGCUCACCGUUUCCCCCGACCAGCCCAUCGACCUCUUAACCGGGUGGCCCAACCCCGCGCUCCUCCCCGCCCCCGAUCUCCGCCACUCCGCCACGACCGUGUUAUCCAACCCCUCAAUCGGAAACCCAGCCCUCCUCUAUGGCCCCGAUGAAGGAUACGAGCCACUGCGCACACACAUAGCCGCAUGGCUGAGCGAUUUCUACCAGCCUCGCGAGGCUGUUUCAACGCAGCGCAUCUGCAUCACCGGCGGGGCUAGCCAGAACUUAGCAUGUGUGUUGCAAACCUUCACAGACCCGGUCUACACGCGCAAUGUGUGGAUGGUCGCACCGACGUAUCACCUGGCUGCGCGCAUAAUGGAAGAUGCCGGCUUCGCCGGGCGUCUACGCGGGAUCCCCGAAGAUGACGAGGGCGUCAAUAUUACUGUUCUGGAGAGCGGUUUGCGCGCUGCGGAAGAGAUUGCCUUACGCGAUGGGAAUACCGAGCCGGUAAGACAACACUGGAUCCAUGAAUACGUUGGCAUCACUAGGAGUCACCGUGCCAUGCCACUGUGUCAUCGUUUUAUUGAGUCCCGGACUGACCCUGCCCCUCUUUCCCUGCAGAAAAUGAAAUCGCCCAGGCCCUGGCGCAAAAUCUACAAGCAUGUUAUCUACGCGGUGCCGACUUUUGCGAAUCCCUCCGGGAAGAUUAUGUCGCUGCGUAGACGUGAGGCGCUUGUUCGCCUGGCCCGCCAAUACGAUGCGCUGAUCGUUACGGACGACGUGUACGAUUUCCUUCUGUGGUCGGCCAAGCCGGAGGGAGAGGACAACUUCGGUAACCGCGCGUGUGUUCCCCGCAUUGUCGACGUGGACCGUUACUUAGACGGUGGUCCACAGGACGAAUGGGGACACGCACUUAGCAACGGCAGUUUCAGCAAGCUGAUCGGACCUGGGGCCCGCACCGGCUGGGCCGAAGCGUCGGAAAAAGUUGCCUAUGGAUUAUCACAAACAGGCUCUUCCCGGUCGGGCGGCGCUCCUUCCCAUCUAUGCGCCGCUAUCAUUGACCAGAUGUUCCCCACAGGCAUCGUACAAAAUCACAUCCGUGAGGUCCUCCAACCGAAAUAUGCCGAGCGCUAUCACACUUUGCUAUCAGCAAUCCACGAGCAUCUCGUCCCACUGGGUGUGACCGUCCCAGCACCGGGUGCCGCCGCCGGAGGCUACUUUAUGUGGAUUGGUCUACCGGCGCCGUUGAUCGCUGCCGACGUAGUUCAGCUUGCGCAGAGCGAAGAAAAAUUGCGUUUGUCACCUGGUCAUGUGUUCCAGGUCCCCGGAGACCCACAGGUGAAUGAUGAGGAGUUUGCGGAUCAUCUGCGCCUCUGCUUUGCGUGGGAAGAGCCACGACAUUUGACCGAGGGGAUGCGUAGGCUAGCGCGUGUUAUCAAGCGUAUGACUGGUACCCAGGUUUAG